CGGCCGCGAGCAGCGCCGGCACUGGCACAGCACAACAGUGUGAGUCCGCAGAAACGCGCGCACGGAUCUACUUUAUCAGCCGCUUAUUUCAGCUUUAUUUGAUCCCGCUAAAACAAUGGCAGACACACAUGUGGACUCCGGCUCCGACAUCUCUGCCAAGGACCUGAAGGAGAAGAAGCUGGCGGAGGAGACGGAGAACGGCAAUGAUGCUGCCACCAACGGGAAGGAGAACGAGGAGAACGGUGAGCCCGAGGUGGACGAGGAAGACGACGACGAGGUGGACGAGGAAGACGAGGAAGAUGACGGAGAAGGUGAUGAGGAGGACGAAGAGGACGACGAAGACGAGACGGAGGGAGGGACAAAGCGAGCAGCGGACGAGGAUGACGAGGACGACGACGAGGACGACGUGGAAACAAAGAAGCAGAAAACUGAUGACGACGAUUGACGCGCAUAGGCCCCGCCCACAUCCUGCUGAACCACUUCCUGUUUCUUCACCUUUGACCUCUGCUUAUACAUGUCCCAGGUGGAGACUGGAGGAAAAAAAAGAAUAAUAAGAAGAAUAAUGAUUUAAAAAGAAAAAAGUCCAUCCUGGUCAUUACACACACACACACACACACACACGUAUCAGAAUAUGUACACACACACGUCUCCCCUCGUCUCCACGGCGACACAGAAAUCUUCUCUUCAACGACGACAGGAGAGUUUGUUUGUAUUUUUAUUUACAUUUUAUAUUUUUGUACAUAUUGUUAGGAGGGGGAGGGGCCAACGAUCUCGGUGCUUCUUGUUUAACGACGUUACGAAGAAAACCCCCCCCCCCCCCCCCGCUGAACUCAGAGCAUUCCAGUAACUGUAAUGUAUGUACGUUAGCUGUACCAUAACUAGUUUGUAUGGGAGGUCAAAGGUCAAAGAGAAGAGCCUCUUUUUUUCUCUUGUUUUUCUUUGUGUUUUUUGUCAGCGACUCUUUGUUUUGAUGUAUGUGCGAAGUUUGUUGUUUGACAAUAAACCGGACUUUUAUUUUGUGA